AGGAUAUAAAACCUAUAUUUAAUAAUCAGAGCACUAUUUUUUUCUUUUUCUUCUUCUUCUUAUCUUUUUUAUUUAUUUAUUUAAAUGUGUGAUAUUACAGAUCCUCGUAUAUUGAAUGCUUAUAUAGCUAUUACAGAAGAUGAUCCAACUGACUGGCUUAUCCUUGGUUAUAAAGACACAAGAGAUACUAUUUCUUUAUAUGCCUGUGGCGAAAAUGGUUUAAGUGAAUUUCGAGAUAAUCUGACAAAUGAAAUUUUAUUUGGUUUUGUCAGAGUAGAAGAUAAAUUUGUUUUGAUUACCUAUGUUCCUGACAGUGUUAGUGGCGUGAGAAGAGCCAGAGCACUUGUUCAUAGCCGUGCAGUUGCCAACAUACUCGAGUUAUCACAUGCUCAGCUUACUGCAUCUAACCUAACAGAUCUCAGUGAUGCCAAUAUCCGAACACGACUCAAACUGAAUCAAAACCAAGUCCCUAAUCGUCGUGCUGUCUCUAAAAGAACAUCCAUGAUCACACGCCGUAGAAAAUCAGGCACUUAUUCUCCUUCGCCUUCGCCUUCUCCUAUGUCUGAGCGUAAUUUGAGAAUUCAUAUCAAUAGCAUGGACGAUUAUGAUGAUAUUUCUGAUCGCAUGACAGCUACACCUACGCCUUCCACACCUACUUCAGUUGCUUCUUCUUCUAUUGAUUCACAUUAUUUUGCAGUUGCAGAUAGUGUACCUUCUUUUGUAUCCACAGAUGAGCAAGAGCGAAAAAGAAUACAAGAACAAACAGAGACCAUGUUACAGAUUCAACUGGCUAAAAAGAAAGAAUUGGAAGAAGCUAGGUUCCGUCAAUUUCAACGUGAACAACAAGAAGAGAAGAUUAGGCGUGAACAAACCGUGAGACGAAUGGAAGAAGAAAAACGAAUUCAAAUACAAAAGCAAAAAGAACAAGAAAUACCUAAAUGGCAACAACAGUUGAAACAAAGACAACAACAACAAAAAGAGUUACGGCAACAGCAAAGACCUUUGCCUUCACAGCCUAAAGAUAAAGAAAUUCCUUUAUGGCAACAACAAUUACAACAAAGGAAAUUACAAAAACAACAGCAAUUAGAACAAGAGAAACUUGAAAAAGAAGAAAAAAAGAGAGCAAGCAUAACAAAAGCAGCAGCAGCAUCAACAGUAUCAGCAGCAGCAUCAGCAGCAGCAGCAGCAGCAUCAGCAGCAGCAUCAGCAGUAUCAGCAGUAUCAGCAGUAUCAGCAGUAUCAGCAGCAGCAGUAGUAGCGGAGCCUGAAAAGCAAGUACUUGUUGUCCAAGAAACAUUGGUUGUUCCUGAUGAAACCACUCUUGCAGCUGAGCAAGUUGAUACAGUUGAACAACCUCUUGUUGAAGCUCAACAAACUCCUGCUGUAAUUGAACAGCCUCUUAUAGAAGAUACGCAGCCUACUAUCAAAGCUGAACAACCUGCUAUGAAAGUAAAGGAGGAGUCUCCUAUCGCCCAACCCAUCGUAAAUCAAGCACCUGCAUUGACUGAGCAACAAAGCUCAGAUCAAGAUGAUGAGGCUCCAAUAAUGACAGGAUUCAUAUCUGUGCAAACAAGCACUAGUCCUUUUUGGAGACGUCGUUAUUUUGUUCUUUCUCAAAAGGCAUGCUUGCUCUAUAAAGACGAAACAAACAAGGACACGAUCCAUACUAUUUACUAUGGUCAAGUAAACCGUGUAGCCCCAGCAGACGAAGAUGAAGAUACUUAUGUCGCCAAUUCUUAUAUGAUUGAUACCCAACAAGGCAUUUCCUUCCAAUUGCUUGCAGAUGAUAAAAAGAUGGGAAAGCAAAUCUAUACCACACUUAAACAACUUUGUUAGAUGUAUAUUAAAUAAAACGGCACUUAUAUAUAUAUAUCUAUAUAUAUAUAUAUAUAUAU